ACAAGAAUCAUUAAGUGCGGCUUAGUCGAUCUCUUCAUACAGACACAGAUAUAUUCACCGGCAGCCGUCUGUGUCAGUAGCAGGAACUUUCAAGACGGACACAGACACGCAGUUAUAUAUAUAUCUACCUACAUAUAUUUAUAAAGAAAGAACUGUAGUCGUCUUAAGAAAAAAAUUAAAAAGCCGGAAUAAAUUUUGUGAUGCCUUCAGAUGCCAAAAAGAGACGAGAUGCACAAAAGAAGGCAGCGGCCAAUAAGUCUAGCAAUAAAAAGAAGACUCAGAAUGGUCCAUCGAAAGAGACUGUCAACAAAGCUGUUGAUGGCAUUACCAAGCAGUUAGAUGAGCUUGAACUCAUCUCUCAGCAUCGCUCCUGUACUGGAGUUCUUGCUUCCCAUCCAGACAGCCGUGAUCUUCACAUCGACAAUCUGUCCAUCACAUUCCAUGGAGCAGAGUUACUGAGUGACACAAAGCUUGAACUCAAUGUUGGUCGACGUUAUGGUAUAAUUGGUUUAAAUGGCUGUGGUAAAACCUCUUUGCUGUCAGCUAUCCAGCUGCGAGAGUUUCCAAUUCCCAAACACAUCGACACCUUUCUGUUGUGUCGCGAGAUGCCGCCCAGUGACAAGUCCGCUCUCCAGUGUGUCAUUGAGGUUGACACAGAACGUCUGAGAUUAGAGAAAGAAGCAGAAACUUUGGCAGCUGCGGAUGACUUAGAAUCUCAUGACCGCCUACUGGAUGUGUAUGAGCGACUCGACUACAUGGAUGCUGACAAAGCCGAUGCUCGAGCUGGCUAUAUUUUACAUGGUCUUGGUUUCACCAAAGAGAUGCAAAGCAAAAAAGUGAAGGACUUCUCUGGAGGAUGGCGUAUGAGAAUUGCUCUUGCUAGAGCUUUAUACAUCAAGCCAGCCUUGCUGAUGUUGGAUGAGCCUACGAAUCAUCUGGAUUUGGAUGCUUGUGUCUGGCUGGAGGAAGAACUCCGCAACUACAAGAGAAUAUUGGUCAUAAUUUCCCACUCGCAGGAUUUCCUCAAUGGUGUUUGUACCAAUAUUAUUCACAUGCAUCUUCGCAAACUGAUUUACUAUGGUGGCAAUUUUGAUGCUUAUAUACAGACAAGGAAUGAAGUUGAAGAAAACCAGAUGAAGAAAUAUAAAUGGGAACAAGACCAGAUAGCUCAUAUGAAGAACUACAUAGCUCGUUUUGGUCAUGGCAGUGCCAAGUUAGCUCGGCAAGCUCAGAGCAAGGAAAAAACGUUGAAGAAGAUGGUGGACAGUGGCUUAACAGAAAAAGUAAUUUCUGAUAAAACAUUGACAUUCUUUUUUCCAUCAUGUGGAACUUUGCCACCUCCUAUUGUCAUGGUGCAACAUGUCUACUUCCGCUAUGCACCAGAUAAGCCUUUUAUCUAUAAAAAUUUGGAUUUUGGUAUUGAUCUUGACACCAGAGUUGCCUUGGUCGGACCGAACGGAGCUGGGAAAUCAACGUUGUUAAAACUGUUAUGUGGUGAGCUUGUACCAAGUGAGGGAUUGAUUCGGCGCCAUUCCCACUUAAAGAUUGGUCGUUAUCACCAGCAUCUAAGAGAAAUAUUAGACCUUGAGAUGAGCGCUUUGGAUUGGAUGAUGAAGUGUUACCCAGACAUUCGUGAAAAGGAGGAAAUGAGGAAAAUAAUUGGUCGUUAUGGAUUGUCAGGCCAACAACAGGUUUGUCCAAUAAAGAAUCUUUCUGAUGGUCAAAGAUGUCGUGUUAUCUUCUCCUGGUUGGCUUGGCAAAGUCCUCAUAUGCUCCUGUUAGACGAACCUACCAAUCAUUUAGAUAUUGAAACUAUUGAUGCCCUCGCAGAAGCCAUUAAUGACUUUGACGGCGGAAUGGUUCUUGUGAGUCACGAUUUCAGACUCAUUUCUCAGGUCGCCCAGGAAAUUUGGGUUUGUCAGAACCAGACAAUAACAAAAUGGGACAAAGACAUUUUCUCUUACAAGGAAUAUUUGGCCAAGAAUGUCCAAGAAAAGAUGGCCAAUUUGGAUAAAUAACCAAAACUUCGUUUUAGGAAGUCUUCAAUUUUUUAUUACUUUUUUUUAUUGUUAUUUAGGCUGGACAGAAAAAAAAAACCUUUUAAAAGAUUGCCAUACUUCUCCAGUGGUCAUUUCAUGCACAAACUUUUGCAUACAUAUGCACAUACACAUGCAUAUAUGCCUACAUGCAAGUGCAUGUAUAUACUCAUGCAUAUUCAUGAGUAUAGUCAUGCAUAUUCAUGAGUACAUGAACAUCUGUAAGCAUAUGCAUACAUAUGUAAACAUCCACACGAGUACAUAUGCAUGUGUUCACCUACAUCUGUAAACAUACAUGCACACAGGUGCUUACAUAUGAAUAUAUAAGCAUAGGCAUAUUUCUGUCGACAUAAAUACACGUGCUUACAUGUGCAUAUGUAAGCAUACAUGCAUGCACACACAUUUGCAUACAUUCGAGUAAACAUGUAUAUAUAUUUAUACGCACCCAAGCAUCUAUGGAUCUAUGUACUAGUGCAUUAAUGUGCACACUUUGUAUUUGCAUGCAAAUGUGAUGAAGAGUUGCAAGUGUUCAGUGCAUGUUUGUUGUUGUUAUGCAAGAUUGGUGCAACAACAUCACAGCAAUGACAUGUUUUAAUAAAACUAUUGUUGAUAUUUUAGUUAGAAUUUAAACCGAGUAAAAGACUGUUGGAAAAAAAAAACAAACAACAAUUCUCAUUAUGUCCUUCACUCUC